UGAUAAAAACGAAUAGCAAAAAGUCGUAGUAUUUAUAAAUGAAACGUAGUAGGUAAUUAUUGUGUUUCAAAUUCCAGUAUUAUAACUGACUAAUUUUGUUGGUGUAAUCUUUCUAUUUGAGUAUAGGAAAUUCCUUUUUGAACUCUAUGUGUACUAGUGAUCUUUCCAAUUUUAGAAUUUAAAUGAAGUGAUCUCAAUCCAUUUUCAAAUAUGCCACCGAAACAAAGGAAAAUCGCAAUUAUGGGCUACCGUUCUGUCGGAAAGUCUUCACUGAGUAUUCAAUUUGUUGAAGGACAGUUUGUCGACUCGUAUGAUCCAACAAUUGAAAACACUUUUGUUAAAACGACAAAAGUUAACAACCAGGAGUAUGAUCUUAAAUUAGUAGAUACUGCUGGUCAAGACGAGUAUUCCAUACUCCCAACACAAUAUUCAAUGGACAUUCAUGGAUAUGUUUUAGUGUACAGCAUAACGUCACCUAAAUCGUUUGAAAUUAUUCAAGUUAUUUAUGACAAAUUGUUAGACAUGACAGGAAAAGUUCAUAUUCCGGUAGUUCUGGUUGGAAAUAAAAAAGACUUACAAAUGGACCGUGUAGUUACUCAGGAAGAAGGACAAAGACUAGCAGAAUCGUGGAAGGCUGUAUUUUUAGAAGCUUCGGCUAAGCAGAACGAGGUAACUUCCAAAAAAUGUGUGGCUGAUAUAUUUCAUACUAUGUUGAUGGAAAUCGAAAAGGCUAAUGGGAACGUUCAAGAAAAAUCAAGCUGUAGAGUUUCAUGAAAGAAUUAUUAUAAUAAGAUGUAUUGAUGACUGUUAUCUUGAAUUAUUUUUGUCUUAAUAUUGUGUACAUGUUUGUAUUUUCUUAAUGAACAUAGGAACUAUCAUUGAAACUAUUGUUAUUGUUAUUAGUUAUACAGUAUACUACUGUUGUGAAUACUAUUUCUAUUUACUUAAUUAAAAAAAUUUAAAUGUUCUACUUAUAAUUUCUCCAUAGGACUUCAUUUUUCUAUAUAACUAAGUAUAUGUAUUUGUUCUUUUUUCUAAUGAACAAAAUGGUGUAUAAUUCCGUUAAUUAUAAAAUAAAAUACAAUAAGUUUGUAACUUUAGUCUAUAAGACAAAUUUAUAUAAAAUGAAGAAUAAUUUAAAAAAUAAACAAUUUAUUAAUAUGUUUUGA